AUGGCUGAUAAAAUUUAUUUAGAUUCAAAUCGGGGCAAUUAUGAACUUGGUAUGAGUGAUUCAGAUGAAGAUUUCGACACAAAUGAUAAGUUGUUGCUGAAAAAGUACAAGGAAGCUCAGGCUGGUGGCUCAGAGAGUGAACAGGAGGAAGUGUUUGGACUGCCAGAAGAUGAUUCCAUGGAUGAUGACUCGGAUUUUGAGGAUAAAACUGGCGCUGAAAAGUUUGAGGCAGACAGCGAUAUUGUGUCGGAUGAAGAUGACGAUAUUCCAGACGAUAGAGCUUGGGGAAAUAAGAAGAGUGUCUUCUACAAUACGGACUUUGUGGAUCAGGACUAUGGUUCUUACAAUGCACAGGAAGAGCAGCUGGCACAGUUGGAAGAGCAGGAAACGAGGAAACUGCAGCAGAGGCUGACACAGCAACUCAGUGAUGCCCAAUUUUCACUGGAUGUCUUUAUCUCUGAAGACGGAGAGACUCCGAAAACUAGAGACAAAGGCGAGGGAGAAUCCGAAGGAGCCUCAAAGCAUCAAGAACUUCUGCAGUUUAAGAGGGAUUCUCCAGAAUUUGACGCUCUGGUAGAUGAACUUCUGUCCAAAUUGGAUGAUAGUGCAAACAUUCUCCAGCCUUUCCUGGAUGAGCUGAAGAAACACAAUCUAACUGAAUUGCCCAUCUAUGAAUUUAUAGAUAUGAGAAACAGAUUGUCCUUGCAUUAUGCCACAAAUCUCUGUUUCUACUUAAUGCUGAAGCAUAAAAAAGUUUCUGUGAAGAAUCAUCCGGUUAUGAAGAGGAUCGCCCAAUUCAGGGAGCUUCUUCAGCAAUUGGAGGAGAAAUAUCAAGGUGAAGCACAGAGAGAAAUGGAAAGGAUUCUCCUGGAUAUUCGCUCUGGAAAGCUUGUAGCUGCUCCAGUAAAGGAAAAAGAAAAGAAACAGCGGAAAAUGCUUGGAAUUUUGAAGAAUGUGGCUGAGAAACCGAAGAAGACCUCUGAGGAAUCUGCAAAGGAAGACAUGGAGCUUCAAGGGGAGGAAGAAGGUUCAGAAUCUGAAGAGGGAAUGGAAGAAAUUGGAGAUGGUGAAGAUGACAAUGAUAAGCGUGCCAUCACUUACCAAAUGGCCAAGAAUAAGGGUCUAAUGCCACACAGGAAGAAGGAAUUGAGAAAUCCCAGGGUCAAGCAUCGUCUCAAGUACAAGAAGGCCCUCGUUAGACGAAAGGGAGCUGUUCGCACUGUUCGUCGUGAGGACAAACGAUACACAGGAGAGCAUUCAGGAAUCAAGGCGACUGUCCGGAAGUCCAUCAAAAUUCACUAAAGAUUCUCUUUGUAUUUUUUGCGAAAUAAAACUGAAAAUUUUGCCGGUGAAA